ACAAGAGCAAGAGCUGUAAGGAAAUCCAAGUAUCCUUCAAAAACCAAUACGGAAAAAGAAAUACUAAAUAAAAAUAAAACCAACCAUUCCCUAACGUGGAGGCAAUGUGAGACCAUAUAUUUCCUUCAAUAAUUGUAGUAUGUCAUUUCACAGUUGAUUUUGUCUGUUUUUCCAAUUCAAUAAUUUCACUUUUAUCGUUUUACAUGUUCCAUAUUUUUUUUUUUCACUUGGCAUCAUUCUAAUCCCUCUGUACCACACAAAACUAUAAAGAGUUGGGGCUCUGUGUCUGUCCCCGUCCAGUCUUGUACACCGAUUCUGACUCCUCGCUGCUGCCCACUCCCAGCCUUUUCUCUCUCUUUCUCUCUCAUUUCCCCCACCAUUUCUUUGCCAUUCCUACCCCACCCAGACUCAACAAUUCCUUCAAAAGCGUGUUAACACGUUCCAAAAAGGCGCGUUAACAACUCCUAUUUGCACAUACAGAUCUCCACUCUCUUUCCCUUGCUUCACCUCAUAAUCAACUUUGAUUGCUUCCGAUUCCUUUCUUAAAUGCCAAUUCCAAUUCCUUUCUUAAAUCCCACAUAAUCCAACCCUUGUCUUCCCCUUCAACUUCUGCUACAAGUCCUCUUUCUUCAAAAUAUUUAAAAAAAAAAAAAAAAAGCCAGCAUUCUCCAUACCACCAACAACAAAGUUUCCCUUCUUUUCUUCUCUUUCUUAAGGGCAUGAUGAUCUUCAAAUGAAAGAGCGUCAACGUUGGCAACCAGAAGAAGACGCGCUCCUCAAAUCCUAUGUCAAACAAUAUGGCCCUAAAGAAUGGAACCUUAUUUCCCAACGCAUGGGAAAACCUCUUAACCGUGACCCAAAAUCCUGCCUGGAACGUUGGAAAAACUAUCUCAAACCAGGCAUCAAAAAAGGGUCCUUAACCCCAGAAGAGCAAUCCCUAGUCAUCUCCCUUCAAGCCAAGUACGGUAACAAGUGGAAGAAAAUAGCCAGCGAAGUCCCUGGCCGUACAGCCAAAAGACUUGGCAAGUGGUGGGAGGUUUUCAAAGAAAAACAGCUCAAACAAUUGCAGAAGAAACAAGGCCGGAAAGAAUUUUCCCCCGAAGGUAGUAGUAGUGUAAUUACUCCAGCUGUAUCUUCAUCCCCAGGUCAAUACGAUCACAUUCUCGAAACCUUUGCUGAGAAAUACGUUCAACCAAAUAACAAGUUUCUUGCCACUUAUUCCACCAUGAACUUAUCUCCCAUUAUGCCUCCCACCAUUUCACUACCCGACCCUGACCCCGUUCUCUCACUCGGCUCGGGAAGUUCUGGGACUGCCACGACGUCCUCUUCUGUUGUUUUGCCACUCUGGAUGAAUCACAAUCACACCACUUCUUCAUUGUCAUCUUCGACUUCAUCAACCACCCCAUCCCCGUCCGUAAGCUUGUCUCUUUCCCCCGGAGAGCCGGCUCUUGACCCAGACUUGACCCGGUUCAUACCGGGUCAAGUUUGUACCCUGGUGCAAUACUGUAAGGAGUUGGAGGAAGGGAGGCAAAACUGGAUGCAACAUAAGAAGGAAGCAACAUGGAGGCUGAGCAGGUUGGAGCAGCAACUGGAGUCAGAGAAGGCAAGAAAAAGGAGAGAAAAGAUGGAGGAGAUAGAGGCAAAGAUACGGUGCUUAAGAGAAGAGGAGAUGGCGUUUCUUGGGAGGAUUGAGAGUGAGUAUAAAGAGCAGUUGAAUGUUUUACAGAGAGAUGCCGAGACCAAAGAAGCUAAGCUAAUGGAAGCUUGGAGUAGUAAGCAUGUUAAGUUGGCUAAGCUUAUGGAACAGAUUGGGUUCACUACUCAAUCUCCACCUUGAGUUUUCCUUUUAUGUUUUAGUUUGCCAUUAAUUUUGUCUAUUGUCAUAUGCUUUGAAAUUUCCUUACUUUUGGUUUUGUUGGUGUUCCGUGUACUAUCUUUCAUGAAUCUUUGAAUAAUGCUGAUCUAGUUUUUAUGGCUUUUGAUCAAGUUCCAUGAAAUUCAACAUUUCUGCAAUUUUUGACUGCUUAUUUAUU